AAAUAAUUUGUGGAUGUAAUCUGAUGGUUAUCACAGAUAAUGAGAUAGUAUGAAUCAGGUUUGGAGCAGGUGGGAUGGACUUUGCACAAAAGCGUUUAACACGUGAACUGAAACUCUUACAAUCAGACCCUCCCGCUGGGAUUGUGCUUGAUACUGAUAGCGUGACAUGUGUCACUAACUGCUGGACAAUCAUGAUCAAUGGAGCUAAGAACACUGUAUUUGCUGGGGAGGAGUUUAAACUCCAAAUCAAAUUCACACCCAGAUACCCAUUUGAAGCACCCAUAGUAAUGUUUAUAGGUGACCCUCCAAUGCACCCUCAUGUCUACAGUAACGGACACAUCUGUCUGUCCAUCUUGACGGAGGAUUGGUCCCCAGCUCUCAGUAUUGAAACCAUCUGUCUCUCAAUACUCAGCAUGCUCUCCAGCUGCACUGAAAAGGGGCGACCGCCUGGCAAUGAUUUUUACGUUCAGACUUGUCACAAGGACCCGAGGAAGACUCAGUGGUGGUAUCACGACGAUAAAGUGUGAAGAUGGAUUACUGCAAACGAACAAUGCUGACAACCAAAUACUUGAAAUUCGCCGUCAACUCUGUCUCAUUAAAUGACGAUAUAAUUUAAGUUAUUAUGUUUUCUCUCACUUUGCCGAGCACUGAGUAGUGUUAUCAAAAAAACUGUUUUAUUUAUGAAUCUCUAUUUUUGGAUGCAAUUCUAUCAUUGUUUGCAAUUACUUAUCUAUAAAUAAUGCGAAAUAUUUUUACAUACGUGAUAUGCAGUGGACGAUGUAUGUAGUGCAGGUGGCACGUUUUUCUUUGCCCUUUUUCUCGUGGCAAAUGAUACGUACGUACUACACAUAACAGGGGUUUGGGUUAUAAUUACAAUUCUUUGUUAUCUAUGCAUUUUAUUUUGUGUAUAUUACCUUAAAA